AUGGCGAGUCCACGCAGUGCAACGUCGAAAGGAUGGUCCUUCUCGGGCUUGCUUGGUCGUUCGUUCUGCUCCGCUGAAGCAGCCCCCCACGCCGAUGACCCAACGAAAGCCAAGUCAUUCUUCGACCUGGCUGCAACCGACAUGGAAGGCAACAUCGUGCCCAUGUCCAAGUACCGCGGUCGCGUGUGUCUCGUCUACCGUGACAAGGGCCUCCAAAUCCUUGCCUUUCCGUGCAACCAGUUCGGAGGCCAAGAACCCGGCACGAACGAAGAAAUCAUGGAUUUCGUCAAGGGGUUUGGCAUCACGUUCCCGUUCUUCGCCAAGUGCGACGUCAAUGGAAGCGGCACAGUCCCCGUGUUCCAGUACUUGAAGCAUCAUCUUGGCGGCCUCUUGGGCAACUUCAUCAAGUGGAAUUUCACCAAGUUCCUCGUCGAUCGCAACGGCCAACCUUACCAGCGAUACAGCCCCCAGACGGCCCCGAACGAUUUCGAAGCCGACAUUGUCGAACUCUUGGCCAAGCAAUAA